GCAUUUCUGUUAUGGAGGCUGAGCGAUCCAUCCCUCUGGUCUCUCAAAGGCGCGUCCACGCAUGCAUCCACGGGAGCCACUUCAUCCAUACAAUACAUUGGGUGGCCCCUCGACCGACAACUGGCCCCGAAACGGAGUUCACCAAAUAAGAUGAAGAUCUUGUUUACACUUUGAGGAAAUUGCUAGAAUUUCCCAAGUGAGUGGUGUGAGAGAAGACACUUUGGCUUACACUUUUGGUGAGAAGGGGUGGUGAUAUUCCAGGAAAAUGGCAACAAUUCAUCUACCAGGGUUUAUCUUACUGUACAUGGUCUAUGCGGCUGUUCCCCAAGAACUGACCCCUCGUGGGUCCCGGCCAUUUCCAUUGCCAGGAGACACUCCAGAUCAAAUUCCAACAAAACCAGAAGGUUGUGAGAGCAAGAUAAUCAACUGUCCCAUCAAGCUGUUCUUCACCGUCGACACUUCCGAGACCAUUGCCCUGCAGGAGUCUCCGCCUGGUAUACUGGUGGAAAACAUCAAAGAGUUCAUGCGGACUUUUGUCCAGAGGCUGCGUGAUGAAGAAUACCGGGGUCAGGUCCGCAUCAGUUGGUCUAUCGGAGGCCUGCACUUCUCCCAGAGGCAGGUGGUCUUCAGCCAGUUUUCCACCAGAGAGAGCUUCAUCAGGAGCCUCAGUGGCAUUCGAUACCUGGGCAAAGGCACCUACAUCGACUGUGCCCUCCAAAACAUGACCUAUCACAUGACUCAGCACUAUUGGGGAAUAAAGGCCGCACUCUUCUCUGUGGUCAUCACUGACGGCCAUGUGACAGGAAGUCCUUGCGGUGGGAUCAAGGUGACGGCAGAGAAGGCUCGCGAGCAGGGGAUUCGCGUUUUCUCAGUGGCGGCGUCCAGGUCCAUCGAUGAGACGGGAAUGAAGGAGAUUGCCAGCUCGCCUCCAGAAGUUUACCGCAAUGACUAUUUAGCUGUGGAGAUCGUCAACGGCAGACCGAAAAUAAAGACAGAAUCUAUUGAUCGUAUUAUAAAAGCCAUGAAAUACCAAGCCUACUCAGAGUGCUACCAACAGGAAUGCAUCGAGACCCCUGGGAAACCUGGACCACGAGGGCCUCAAGGGCCAAAAGGUCUAAAAGGAAACAGAGGUCAUCCGGGGGUAAAAGGCACAGCGGGAAGACAGGGUGAUCCUGGCAUCGAGGGUCCGAUUGGACGUCCUGGACCAAAGGGAAUGGUUGGAUGGAAAGGUGACAAGGGUGAAAUAGGUGGAAGCGGAGCAAAGGGUUUGUUUGGCAUACCGGGCAGGAAUGGAACUGAUGGACAGAAGGGUAAGAUUGGCCAUAUUGGAGCUCCUGGUUGUAAAGGGGACCCAGGCGACAAAGGAAAAGAUGGCUACCCAGGAGAAGUGGGGGAUACUGGGCCACCAGGCGGAAAAGGAGAAAAGGGCGACCUUGGCCUACCCGGGAAGUCAGGCCUUGCAGGCCCUGGGGGUGAACGAGGAUCAAAGGGUGAACGAGGGAAUCCAGGGAAUCCAGGACCCCCAGGAGAAAGGGGACAACCGGGACCGAGUGGCUCAAGUGGACCAAAAGGCGAAGUGGGAGGGCGAGGAGAACAAGGACCAAAGGGAGCUCAAGGAUUUCCUGGGAAAAAAGGAGAGAAGGGAGAACGAGCAGUGCAGGGAGGCAGAGGACGACCAGGGGAGGAGGGAUUCAAGGGUACAAAGGGGGACCGUGGACUGCCAGGACCGAGGGGUCAACAAGGAGACCCAGGGAGUCCUGGAGCAAAUGGCACCAUGGGAAAUCCUGGAGAUCCUGGACCAAGAGGAGACCCAGGCAGCCAAGGACCAACGGGCGAUACAGGAAGAUCAGGAUUCAACUACCCUGGACCAAGAGGACCUACUGGUGACAGAGGUAGCCCAGGGAGAAAAGGACCCAGGGGCAGUCGAGGCGAAUGCGGUGCAAAAGGAGACCCAGGCGAUCAAGGUCCACGUGGCGAGUCGGGGGAGCCAGGUCAGGCAGGGGAGCACGGAGCCAGAGGACCAACAGGGGACUCGGGGCCCCAUGGUGGCCAUGGACCAGAGGGCGAUCCUGCACUUACUGAUUGUGACGUCAUGGCAUACAUCAGGGAGACUUGUGGUUGUUGUGACUGUGAGAAGCGCUGCGGUGCUCUGGACAUCGUAUUUGUAAUAGACAGCUCGGAGAGUGUCGGUCUGACCAACUUCACCUUGGAAAAGAACUUUGUAAUUAACACCAUUAAUCGUCUGGGAUCAAUGGCCAGUGACCCUUCGUCUCCGACUGGCACAAGAGUUGGAGUCGUGCAGUUCAGUCACAACGGGACCUUUGAGGCCGUUCGUCUCGACGAUCCCAACAUCAACUCCAUGUCUGCUUUUAAAACGGCCGUGAAGAAUCUUCAGUGGAUCGCCGGGGGCACCUUCACCCCCUCGGCUCUCAAGUUCGCCUACGAUCAUCUCAUCAGGGACGGCAAGCGAGCCCGAGCCAAAGUGUCCGUGGUUGUGAUCACAGACGGACGCUUCGACCCGCGCGAUGACGAAGAUCUACUCAAGUACCUCUGCCAGGACAGUAGCGUUGUAGUGAACGCAAUCGGGGUGGGAGACAUGUUUAGAAAGUCCCAAGAUGACGAAAUUCUGGGGUCUAUAGCUUGUGACAGAAAGGAGCGAGUCACUGGGAUGAAGAAUUUUGUUGACUUGGUCGCUGAAGACUUUAUAGACAAAAUGGAGACUGUGCUGUGUCCUGAUCCGGUUGUUGUGUGCCCCGAUCUCCCCUGCAAGAGUGAGCCUGAUGUCGCGCCCUGUGCCCAGCGGCCAGUGGAUUUAGUAUUCCUGCUUGAUGGGUCCGAGCGCCACGGGGUACAGAACUUCAGUCACGUUCGUGAAUUCUUGCAAAAGUUGCAAAACAGACUGGUACUGGCCCGGAGCAGGACAGAUCGCCUGCGAGCUCGUUUGGCUUUGAUGCUAUACGGCAAGGAGGGCAAGAACUUUGUGGCGUUCCCUCUCACGCACGACCCCGGUCUCAUCGCCGACGGUUUAGCGCUUCUAAGUUAUCUGGACUCCGCAUCAAGCGUGGGGCUGGCUAUCACACACGCCAUCGGCAGAGUACUCGGCAAGGGAACGACUCGCAUGACCAGACGCCACGCGGAGAUCGCGUUCGUUUUCAUCACUGACGGCUUCACCGACAGGAAGAACCUGGAUGAGGCGGUCAGCGCCAUGCGUGGGGCACAGGUAGUCCCCGCGGUAAUCGCUACAGGAAUUGAUGUGGAUCAAGAAGUCUUAAUGAAGCUGGCCAUGGGGGAUGAGAACGCCAUAUUCAGAGGAAAUGACUGGUCCGAGUGGCGGUCAGGCUUGUUUGACCAUUUCCUCCGGUGGGUUUGUUAAAAAAAAACACAUUGGAGACAUGAAUCUCUUCCUUGUGCAACUGAUAUUAAUGGCAUUUUCAAUUCCUCCAUGCACUGUACAAUCUGACACUACAGUAUAUUCAUCCUAAGUGCUUCUUACACAAUACAUCUGUUUUAAGGUAAUAAACAGACACUGUGCUUCAUUC